AUCUUUCAGGAAGUAAAACAAACUGAAUUAUAAUUAUUAUUUAUUUAUUUUUAUUAUUUUUAACCGGUGGAGGCGGCGUGAUCACGGAGAAUGAGACUGAGAGAAGCUGCCAGGGCUUGGAGGAGGAUAAAGCUGAGUUUAGGCUGGAAACUAAAAGACUAGAUUGUUUUUUGGUUCAACUUGCCCGGUUUCUCUCCACUUCCUUUAGUUUCGCUCCAUGGACAGAUCAACAAACCUGGACAUUGAGGAGCUAAAGAUGACACGAGAACAAUAUAUACUAGCAACACAACAGAACAACCUGCCAAGAGCUGAGAAUGCACAACUUUACCCAGUGGGGAUUUAUGGAUGGCGAAAGAGGUGCUUAUACUUCUUUGUCCUUCUGCUGUUGGUUACCAUGAUAGUUAACUUAGCCAUGACAAUAUGGAUAUUGAAAGUGAUGAAUUUCACUGUGGAUGGUAUGGGAAAUCUGAGAGUCACCAAGAAGGGAAUCCGACUUGAAGGUAUAUCUGAGUUUCUACUUCCAUUGUAUGUGAAAGAAAUUCAUUCCCGAAAGGAUAGUCCACUGGUCUUACAGUCUGACAGGAAUGUAACAGUGAAUGCAAGAAAUCACAUGGGGCAGUUAACUGGACAGCUGACAGUAGGAGCUGAUGCUGUGGAAGCUCAGUGUAAAAGAUUUGAAGUGAGAGCGAGUGAAGAUGGCAGGGUGCUGUUCUCUGCAGAUGAAGAUGAGAUUACCAUUGGGGCUGAAAAGCUGAAAGUUACAGGCACUGAAGGAGCAGUAUUCGGGCACUCUGUUGAAACACCUCACAUCAGAGCAGAACCUUCCCAAGACCUCAGGCUUGAAUCACCCACCAGGUCCUUGAUAAUGGAAGCUCCACGAGGGGUCCAGGUGAGUGCUGCUGCAGGAGACUUCAAGGCCACCUGCAGGAAGGAGCUCCAUUUGCAGUCUACAGAAGGGGAGAUAUUUUUGAAUGCAGAUCAAAUCCGGCUGGGGAAUCUACCGACCGGCUCUUUCUCAUCGUCUUCACCCAGCCCCUCAAAUUCCCGGCAGACAGUGUACGAACUGUGUGUCUGCCCCAAUGGCAAACUUUACCUUUCUCCAGCAGGACUAGGUUCCACUUGUCAGUCCAGUAGCAACAUCUGCUUGUGGAGCUGAAAUGACUGAU